AUGGAGCGUGGUGGAGAAAAGAUAAUUCUCAAACCAAUCCGAAUAUCAAAGAAUUUUAAUGAAGAAAAAGAAGCAAUAUUACUGAGUCCACCAACUCGAAUGUUUCAUGAGCCUAACUACAAUGUUUACAUUGUAGCUAUUAUGGGCUGGAAAGUACCAAUUGAGGUUGAUGCCAUCAAAGCUGAAAUACAACGCAAGUUGCUUAAACACCCACGCUUUUCUAGUUUGCAAGUUAUGGACGAGAGUGCUGGAAGAGGAGAAAUGAGAUGGGUUCCCACGACAGUGAACAUAGAUGAUCAUAUCAUAGUGCCUCAAAUCGCCGAUGAUAAAAUGGAUACUGACAAAUUGGUCGAGGAGUAUAUAUCAAACCUAAGCACCACAACUAUUGACAUGUCGAAACCUCUGUGGGAUUUUCACGCCCUUAAUGUGAAAACCUCACAGGCUAAGGCAACUUCAAUUAGCCGUAUUCAUCAUUCUCUUGGGGAUGGAGUUUCCCUCAUGUCCCUCUUACUCUCUUGUUUUUGGACAAUUUCUGAUCCUUCUUAUCUGCCGACACUCCCAGUUUCAUCUUCUUCUAAGGACAAAUCAAAUUUGUCAAUAAGCAAUAGAGAAGAUAUUUGGUCGUCGAUAUGGCAAUACCUCGUAAAGUUGUGGUUGCUCGUCAAACUUUUAUUCAAUACAGUUGUGGAUGUUUUGCUAAUUACAACGACAACGCUCUUCUUGAAGGACUCUCAAUCACCUUUCAUGGUUGCACAUAGGUCCAAUCGUCAAAGAUUUAUCUAUCGGACUGUUAGCUUUGACGACAUUAAAUUUGUUAAAAGUGCAACAAACACUGCUGUAGCUGAAAUGGUUGAGGAGAAUGCCACAGUGAUACAAGGAAAUUGUUUCGGCUUUGCCAUAAUUCCCUUAACUCUAGCCCAAUUAAAGAGUCCUCUCGAUUAUGUUCGCAAAGGUAAGAUAGCUAUGGAUCGAAAGAAGCAUUCUCUUGAGACGGGAUGCACCUUUUAUAUUUUACAACUGAUCCUCAAGUUCUUUGGCUCUCGGGGUGCGACAAGACUUGCUGAAAGAAUUCUAUCUCAAACAACACUAAUCUUUUCAAAUGUAGCCGGUCCGCUUGAAGAAGUAUCUUUGGCAGGCCAUCCAUUGACAUUCCUUGCACCAACAUGUUAUGGACAUCCAACUGGGCUAAUGAUUCAUGCGUGUAGUUACGCCAAGAAGUUAACAUUUGUUAUGGCAGUUGAUGGAGAAAUAAUUCCAAAUCCGAACCAGCUUGGCGAUGAUUUUGUCGGUUCAUUUAUGCAUAUCAAAGAGGCCGCCCUCUCAAAAUUGAGAACCAAGGUUGACUAGCCCAUUAGACAUUUGAAAGCUCCUCAAUAAAUCAUUGACGAGUACAGUUGUGAUAUGUACAUUUAUUGCUCAAAAUAUUAUAUUUGGUCACAUAAGAUUGUCGUAACAUCCAUGAAGUAGAACUAUUAUCCAUGUGUACCUAUGUUAUUGUCAACAAUAUA